UUCUCGCCUGGAAGGACUGCGACACGCGCGUGCAAAGCUCCUCCAGCACUCUUGACUGAGGACUUUUCCUAUUUAAUAUUUGUUUUUGGUGUUUAUCGGGUGCCAAAAUCUUCUUUUUUAUUUCGUGGGGGAACUGAUUAAAUCUCCUGCCAUUUAGUUACCUUCGUGAAUUAACGUGCAUACCACCGUUCGCUGCCACGGCUCAUUCUGCUCCUUGGUGCGACUUUUGACAUGGGAAUCUUCAUUUCGCAUCCGAUGUAGUGAGGAAUACGGUAGUGGGUCAAGUCAUAAAGCAUGUAUUUUUAAGAAAAGUUCUGUGUGCCAUUAAGGGAAGCGCCAUGCUACUGCCUAUGCAAGGGUAGCUCAGUCAGAUUUUCGGGAUCGGGCUCGGUUUGCAGCAGUACAGCUCUCACCCCUGAGCCUUAUGAAUUGUGCAAAAUGUGCUUGAGGCAUUUGUCUGUUUAUUUAUGUUCAACUAGCGCGUAUGUGCAGUGGGGCCGUCGUUUUUGUCUUUAAUAAAUCAGAAAAGUCGAGUGAAUCAGGCACGGAGAACGGAAAGCGGUUAACGGUGAACGGAAAGUGGCGAAAAGUGAUGCAGGAAGGAAGAUAGGAAGUGUCGGCGAAAGUGAUUCGAAGUGGUAUAAAUAUAUCUCUGGAGUAUCUAUCGGCCAUAAAUUCUCUGAGAAGAGAAAUUCCUUGCGGUCCUUGAAUAGGAAUGUUGCCUCGUACGUAGAGCCACGAACACUUCGGAGAGUCGUGGCGAACGUUGCUUGGUUCCCGCGGCAUCUACAGGCUUGGUGCUGGGCCUCUUUGAUAAAUAUUCGAUUCAAUUUGAUUUAAUUUGACAUGUGACUGAUACGCUCCUUUAUUGGUUUGUCAUCGGAUCCCUGGUGAAUGUGUGGGUACGAAUAUAUGUACGUUAAGAUCGAGAUAUGUAACAGAAGAUACUAUCGACUGAACCUAAAUCGAAAUUUUGAAUAAUUUAUGUGGUGGAUAAAAUUGUUGAGUAAAGAUAGUGUGUGACUUCCGAACCUUCAGAAGUUUAUCACGGAACAUCUUCCAACCAGUACGGCAGGUAUUCUAAUCCCAUAGCUGCGUGCUGACUAUAAAUACCUGAAUUAAGCAAUUAUCGUCACGUUACAUUGCGGACUCUUAGAGCAGAGAUCCUGAAUCCGUAACGAAUAAACCAAUGGGUUUAUUUCCGGCCUACCGGGAGUUCGAUUCUUUUGUCCACGUCGUACUGCUAUACUCGGGCUUUAUUUGUUGGAUUAAAGUGAUCUAGACCCUGACACAAGGAUAACCGUACACAAAGGAAUUCGUACGUCGUCGAACUCUAGGAUUCUAGUUUCGGGUUCUUCAAAGAGGAUGGCAAUCAAAACUUUCGCUUCACAAACAAACUCUCAGGAGCAGUAAUACCAUUUAUAUCGUCCCAUUGGUGUCCAUCGGGAAUCUAAUCUCUUCGAUCUGCUGCUGUUCGGUCGUUGGGAAAGAGCAAAGAUUAAAUUCAAUCAAUUAUCUGAGAUGGCUGUGCAACUUCCGGAAAAAAACCAGUACUGCUACGUUGUAAAAAAAUCUGCAGAGGACCGGAGCCAGCGGAUGGAUACGAACCCACUGAAUACGUUUCUGAUUAAUUAAUUCAUCCUGGGAAGCGCGCCGCUCGCGAUACUCAAACAUGUCAAGCCAUUCAGGAACAAUAGGACGAAAGCGUGAUUUAUAUUUCGGCGAUCAAAUUCGCAGGCAAAGAUCGGCUGAAUGGCAUAACAGGCAUGGAUACAGCAGCAGCGAGGAGGAGUACCAGAACCAGAAACAACAGACGAUAGGCGCUUUCGAUACACAGUUGCUAGCCUCGUUGCUUAUUCAGAGCCAACAAUUAGCUGAUGUAGAUAGAUCUUACCGUUCCGAAUGUGAUAAUGAAGAAGUAACCGAAUCGCUACUAACAGAGUACCCGCAAUCAUAUCAAAACGCUGCAAUCGAUUCGCCAAGUUCAACUGCCAAAUCUAGGAAUCCAUUUCACUUAAAAUAUGAAAUACAUCCUCCCAUCGAGUCAGAUCGAAUGUCGUACAAUGGAGGGAGUACAGCUGUCCUGGAUCGUCUUCACAGCUCAGACAGCAGCUACUUGCAGCCAAAUCACACUUCCAACACAUCCCGGUCAAAUCGAUCGAAAAGUAACCGGCUCAACCGGGCAAGCGGUAUGACUUCAUCAAGUAGUGCCACUUCGUCGAAUAGUAAUGCCACCAGUCGUCUUCAUCAACACUUUCAAAAAGCUUUAAACGAUGCGGAUUGUGGGAACGAUGGAAGCGAUCACUACGGGGAGGCAGCGAAGAGUUUAUAUGAACCGCAACCACCAGACCCUGCCCCACCCGAAAUACCACCCAGGACACAAUCGUUGCUGAUGUCAAUGCAAAAGCGCUCGGACUACCAGCUCAAGUAUGAGGAGAAUGGCGACCAGAAGCACGAGGCGUUCAUUCCGCAGGGACACCAGAAAGAUUAUUUAAUGGCAGACAAUUCACAUUCAAGUGAAUUUCCAUCAAAGUCAAUUACGUCCAGUGAUUCGCACAGCCAACAAGGGUUAGGAACAAUGCAACCUAAUGCGCAACAGCAACAACCUGGAAUGUCAGCGGCAAAUAAUUCUAGUGGUCCACAUUGCCAACUAGGGGGUACAUCUCCGCUUGUAAUGCCUGGAUUUCCUCUAAGGACAUCGCAUUCAUCCCAUACACCGCACUAUUCACCAUACUCGCCAUCCAGGUUUCACAUAGACAAAAGAUGUCAGCACAGAUGUUCCUGGAAGUGUUUAAGUAUCGCCUUAAUUCUAUUAGCCGUUGGAUUAACAGCAAUGCUGGCCUAUUUUGCAGCUGUUAGUUCGAUGAAAUCCAAUAUCGAUUCAUCAAAUUGCAUUCUAGUCCAAGAUGUAAAGUCCGUAACGCAUGAUCAACAAACACAGAACUCACUGGGGUCAACACAACCCCCGACGGAGGAAUCGCCGCAAACUAGUAGUACUCUGGAUCAUAGCACCUACACGACAGGUGGAGGUCAUGCGAAUCCUGCUCUGGGCAACAUAUUACCGCAAACGCAGCAACAGCAAGCACAGCAACAACAACCGCAACAAUUCCAAGAUCAACAGCAAUUCAGCGCGGCACAACAACAACAGUUGAAAUGGCCACAAGUUGUUGAAUUGCGAGAUUUCAACGAAGUUUAUCACGCCACAAUCCCUCCAUAUCAGUUUUGGAAUUUGGAAUUUCGGAAUAAACAGCCUGCGUUCAUUCGAUUCAAUCUGACCAUGCCGUGGGGUGCGAAUUUCGCGGUGUACGGUAGGCGAAAUGUUGCCCCCAGUGUGACACAGUACGAUUUUGUGGAAUUUAUCAAAGGAGGACGCCUGGACAGCCGAUUGAAACGGAGACGUCGACGACGUCAUGUAACUGUUGAUGCAAUCUACGAUAGUCUGUACGAAGCGGUUCCUACACCCCCACCUUACGAAAUCAUAUCCGACGAUGAGGAGUACAAUGGUGGCGAUGAUGACGAUAUGGACGAGAGGAUGAGCCCGAAGGCAACAUUUGUUUCAUUAUCGACCGCACCGAAAUCCCUUGCCUCGCCCGAACCCCUGAAAGUCGACUUGUUGGAUAUUAGCAAUCAACCUGAAUACAUAAGACAACUGUUACAAAUGUCGCCAGGGUUGACCGUAAAUAUAGCGCAAUCUGAGGGCAACCAACCCCAGCAGCACAUUGAACGCCAGCUACAACAACCGCAUGGGCGACAGGACUCGCAGCCACAAAUCUUUGCAACUGUAGCUCCUCGGGAGAAAUUGCAUUUAAUCUCGAAGCGGUCCUCGUCGGACGGUUUGCCAGCCCUGGACACUGACACAAUGAUGGUGAACGUUACACUUCUCCAAUAUUUGGAUACUGGGCGUUGGUUCUUCUCCGUUUACAAUGAUGAAUUGCUGGCACACAGUGUAACCCUUGUGGUUGAGGAGGCCGAGGGUGUGAGCACGACGUGUCCCAACGAUUGUUCCGGACGGGGAAGUUGUUACCUAGGCAAAUGCGAUUGCAUUGAUGGAUAUCAGGGUGCCGACUGUUCCAAAAGUGUAUGCCCUGUUCUAUGCUCGGCUCAUGGUCACUACGGCGGAGGAAUUUGUCACUGCGAAGAAGGCUGGAAGGGGCCGGAAUGCGAUAUACCGUCCGGUGAAUGCGAGGAGCCAGGAUGUUCAGGACACGGACGAUGCAUCGAAGGUGAAUGCAAUUGCGAACGUGGAUGGAAAGGAGCAUUUUGCGAGCAACGUGAUUGUGUUGAUCCAUCAUGUUCUGGUCAUGGAACAUGUGUUGCCGGACAAUGCUACUGUAAGGCCGGAUGGCAAGGCGAGGACUGUGGAACAAUUGACCAGCAAGUCUAUCAAUGUCUACCUGGAUGCUCGGAGCAUGGAACGUACGAUUUGGAAAGUGGCUCAUGUGUUUGCGAACGGCACUGGACCGGACCUGAUUGUUCUCAAGCUGUCUGCAGUUUAGAUUGUGGACCGAACGGUGUCUGUGAAUCGGGAAAAUGUCGCUGCAAUCCAGGUUGGACCGGAAAUCUUUGCGACCAAUUACCUUGUGAUGCCAGAUGUUCCGGUCACGGACAGUGCAAGAAUGGGACGUGUGUCUGCUCGCAGGGCUGGAAUGGCCGACAUUGCACUUUGCCUGGCUGUGAAAAUGGGUGUUCUCGCAAUGGACAGUGCACUCUUGAAGAUGGUGAAUAUCGCUGUGAAUGCAAUCAAGGAUGGGCAGGAUCAGAUUGUUCAAUUCCUUUGGAAAUGAAUUGUAAGGAUAACAUCGAUAAUGACAAUGAUGGAAUGACGGAUUGCUCGGACAGUGAAUGUUGUUCACAUCCAGCAUGCUCCGAGCAUAUUAUGUGCUUGUCAUCCAACGAUCCUGUAGAAGUGCUUUUACGAAAGCAACCGCCAUCCGUAACAGCUUCCUUUUACCAAAGAGUGAAGUUCCUUAUCGAGGAGAAUUCAGUCCAAUCAUACGCCCAUAUGGACGAGUACAGUGAAAGCCUAUUUUGGAGUUCGUUUAUACCGUGCCGAGUUUCUGUUAUGCGAGGACAAGUCAUCACGCCACAAGGAUUAGGAAUUGUUGGAAUUCGAGUCUCAGUGGAUCGCGAUUCAAGAUUUGGAUUUACAUUGACACGCCAAGGAGGAUGGUUCGAUGUUUUAGUCAACGGAGGUGGAGCUGUUACGUUACAGUUCCAACGGUCACCAUUCCGGCCAUUAACUCGUACCGUCUUCGUACCCUGGAAUCGAAUAGUUGUCCUUCCACCUGUUCAGAUGCAACUCAGUGACGAAGAUGAACAAAUGAGAGCACAAAUAAAAAUACCACCAAAGAAUCCAGCAUUAACUUUCCUGAACACAAUCUCCUAUCGUUUCCCGGAUGAGUCGUUGAUUACUGGAGAAAUUUGCAUGGACCAUAAUCAUGAAAUCCUUAAACCGCAGCUUAUCAGUACUUGGAUGCCAAACGGUGUUGGUGCGAUGCCUGGAAAGCGCGUAAUAUUUGCGGAAACACAGAUUGUGCAAGAAUCCAUCAAAAUCCCAGGAUCCGGACUACACCUAACAUACCAAUCAUCACAAGCAUCAGGCUACCUAAGCAUAGUUCGAAUGCGGCUAACCGGUGACCAUAUUCCACCAACCUUAACACAUGUCCACGUAGGAGUAGAAAUCGAAGGAUCUCUUCACAUUAAAACUUAUGAAGCCGAUCCAAACCUUACUCACACUUUCGCCUGGAACAAACGCAAUGUCUAUCGACAAAAAGUCUACGGUGUGUCCAUAGCCCGAAUAUCUGUCGGAUAUCAGCAUUCAACCUGCAAGGAGCCUGUUUGGAUUACACAAACUGCAAAACUUCAAGGAUAUGAUGUAGAUAUUUCGGAUAUCGGAGGAUGGGGCUUAGACAUACAUCACCACUACAAUUUCCACGAGGGAAUUCUCCAGAAAGGUGAUGGAAGCACAUUACACAUGAAAGAAUAUCCGAGAACAGUUAAGGUGGUCAUGGGAACCGGACUACAGCGACCAUUGAAUUGUCCAGACCACUGCAAUGGCAUUGCUAAGGAUGCAAAACUAUUAACCCCUGUAGCAUUGGCUUCCGGUCCUGAUGGAAGCUUGUAUGUCGGGGAUUUCAAUCUCAUACGAAGAAUACAGCCGGACGGAAAAGUUUUUACCAUUCUGCAGCUGAGUGCCACGCAGGUAUCCUAUCAAUAUUAUCUAGCGGUGUCUCCAGCAGAUGGACACUUGUACAUAUCAGAUCCUGAAAAACAUCAAAUUUUGCGGCUUUUGAAACUGGAAAAAGUCAAGGAUCCGGCUAUAAACAGCGAGCCUGUAGUUGGAAGUGGACAACGAUGCAUUCCUGGCGAUGAAGGCAACUGUGGCGAUGGGGGACCAGCUCUUCAAGCUCGCCUCUCUCAUCCAAAAGGAUUGGCGAUAGCGGCCGAUAGGACAAUGUACAUUGCAGAUGGCACAAACAUCCGUGCCGUCGACCCCAAGGGAAUUAUUCAUACGCUGAUUGGACAUCAUGGCCAUCACAAUCAUUGGAGCCCAGUCCCUUGUUCGGGAACAUUAAUGGCAUCACAGGCUCAACUACAAUGGCCAACCGGCUUAGCAUUGAGUCCGUUGGAUGGCUCCCUGCAUUUCAUUGACGAUCGACUUGUUUUGCGACUAACAGCCGAUAUGAAAAUACGCGUUGUUGCCGGUACACCGCUACAUUGUAAUAAUAGUCCAGAUAAAAAUAAAACAUCUGAUAACGUUUUGGGCACGGUUUUGGCUAUGGCAUUCUCUCCAUUUGGUGACCUGUAUGUGGCCGACUCGGAUUCGCGACGUAUUAACUCGAUACGUGUUGUUGACACAUCCGGAAAUAUGCGAUACUUUGCCGGGAAACAGGAGAAUAGUGGGUCACUGGCAUGCGAUUGCAGUACAAUCGGCAAUAAUACUGGCUCCUCCGCAACAACGUUCGCGACUACCGUUAAUCCAAAUAGAAACGGCGGCGGUGGCGUCGGUGGCGGAAGUACCGGAAAUCCCGGAGGAACUGCUCCUUCCAUCCUCAUGACGAUAAUGGCUGGAGUUGGAAUGAGUCCAUCAGGUGGAGGCUGCACUUGCAGUAGUGGCACUGGCACAACUAUCAACGGCGUGCUGUCUGGUGUGGGCGCCAAUGCUGUCGGUGGCGGGGCUGGAAUGCCUGUUGGUUCUAAUUCUGCCAUUUCAGGCAAUCGGGACGCCAAUAAUAAUGAGGAUGCAACGACGAGUAAUGCGGAGACUCUUCUAUCGUCGAAUGCCCGCUUCCAAGCUAUAUCUGCGAUUGCUGUCGCACAAGAUGGCGUCAUAAACAUAGCGGAUCAAGGAUCAUUGCACAUCCUGGCAUUGGAGCACUACUUGCCCAGCCACGAUGAAAACGGCGAGUUCCAUAUUCCUUACCCGCCCACCAGUGAAAUUUAUGUGUUCAACCGUUAUGGUCAACACGUGGAUACAAAGGAUCUAGCAUCCGGAAAAACUCGAUAUUCCUUCCUCUACUCGAAAAACACAAGUUUCGGCAGAUUAUCUACAGUCACGGAUAGCUCCGGCAAUAAGAUACAAUUCCUCCGAGACUACAGCAGUGUGGUGAGCUCCAUUGAAAACACACAAGAUCAUAAAUCGGAACUCCAAAUCAACGGAUUAGGCAUUCUAACAAAACUGACCGAGAAAAAUAAGUUUGAAAUUGAGUUGGAUUAUGAUAGCAAUACAGGCUUGCUCAACAGCAGAUCCAGCAAUGGUGAAACCUAUAUUUACCAAUAUGAUGAAUUUGGUCGAGUUAUUGGAAUGACGUUACCGACUGGCGAAGUUGUAAGGAUUUCAUCAAAACUGUCGGAAAAUGAUGGACUCUUAGUCCAUGUUCACGCUUCAAUACAAUCCCUAUUCUCUCAAGAAAGAAGCGAAUCCAAUGAGCUCUUAAUUGUCGGUGGAGUUACUUCAGCUAUUAUAAAGAAGGGGCAAGAGCUCGCGGAAGCUCAAAUGAAGGCAAAUAACACACUGGCCAUCCAUGAUGCUAAUGGCAUUGUAGUAAAAUCAUCUGCCAUUGCCAGACACCCUCUUCUCGAAGCUGCUCUACCAAUUGAAGCUGAAAUGUUGGCCAUGUGGUCUCAUCAGUCAAUCAUGAUGGGUGAUGGUAUUACGAAUGAUAUGAGGUCAGUCUAUAAUCUUGUUGGAGAUGUACGAAAUCCCCAGCAAACUUUGAAUCGUGAAAUCUGGGUGAAUAAUACACGAGUCUUAGGAGUGGAAUUUGAUCAAUUCACGAGCAGGGAAACAUUCUACGACAUGAAUCGGGUUCCAAUCCUAAUCGUGGCAUUCGAUCCCUCUGGCCUGCCUAAAUCAUAUUACCCUACUAAUGGAUAUCCUGUGAACAUAACGUACGACCGGUUCAAUCGAAUCGAAAGUUGGAGCUGGGGUCCAGCUGAACUCAAAUACACUUACGACCGACACGGAUUACUGUCAGAAACUACAAGUCAACAAGAUGGUAUAGUCUCCUAUGUUUACAAUGAUUGGAACUUGGUGUCUGAAAUUGGACUGGCUAGUCAGAGGAAAUUUGUGCUAACGUACGAUGAUGAUGGAGGCCUAAGACAUGUUGUUCUUCCAAGUGGUACCAAACAUACAUUCAGCAUGCAAACCUCAAUAGGAUUCGUCCGGUUCACAUACACUCCUCCUGGAAGUGCUAAACCGUAUCUCCAGCAUUUCUCGCACACUGGGGCAUUACUUCAAACGAUUUUCCCCGGUGACGGAGCUAGGAUUGUAUACAGAUACAACUCAGCAGGGCAAGUUACUGAAAUAGUGCAUGGAGACGGCAAAAGUGAAUUCACCUAUAACGAAGUAACUGGAAUGCCCAGCACAGUCGCUCACACAGAACGAGAGUUGGAGUAUCGCUGGGACUUCGAAUACACAGGCGGACUAUUGACUGAAGAAAGAAUUGAUUUUACUGCUAAGACCGGUCUCAGUAAUGCUAAGUUCACAUAUGAGUACGACAGUAACUUCAGAGUGUCUUCGCUGCAAGGAAGAAUCGGUGGUCAAAACUUACCACAGCAAAUACUCUCCUACGACCCAAAAACUGGGCAACCUAAUCAGAUUGGUGAAUUCAAAGUGACACAUCCGAAACUAAAUCAGACGCAAAUUUCGGAUGGAACUGGCACGUUCACCAGGACCGUGGAUGGAAGAUUCCUUGAAAGUCAGAUGACCGUAACUAUUCAUAGAAUGCAAGUCUUCCGCAUGGUCUUCACUUAUGGUGUGCAUGGAAGGAUCACCCAAACAAAAACCUACACGAGGAAUGUCGCUGUCAAUUCUUAUACUACUGUCAAGAACUAUACUUGGGACUGUGAUGGUCAGUUGAUUGGAGUGGAAGCCCAAGAACCUUGGGGCUUCAGGUAUGAUGACAAUGGAAACCUGCUAUCGCUUACUUAUCGUGGUAAUACCAUCCCAAUGGAAUACAACACCUUAGAUAGGAUAGUGAAGUUUGGUGAAGGACAAUACAAGUAUGACUCGCGUGGGCUAGUAGCUCAAAAUGCACGUGAAGAGAGAUUCCAUUAUAACACGCAAGGUCUGCUGAUAAGAGCAACUAAACGAGGACGAUUUGAUGUGCGCUACUACUACGAUCAUUUGAAGCGUUUAACCACAAGGAAGGACAAUUUCGGCAAUGUUACACAAUUUUUCUAUAAUAAUCAGCAGCGGCCAUAUGAAGUGAGUCAAAUUUAUUCACCCAGAGAUGGAAAAUUGAUGUCUCUAACUUAUGAUGAUCGCGGCCACCUUAUAUACGCUCAGGUGUAUCGUCAUAAGUAUUACAUUGCUACGGAUCAGAGCGGUACGCCUGUUAUGGUCUUCAAUCAGUAUGGAGAAGGAAUUCGUGAGAUCAUGCGAUCCCCAUAUGGUCACAUUGUUUAUGAUUCGAAUCCGUACCUUUAUCUUCCAAUCGACUUCUGUGGAGGUAUCCUUGACCAAGUUACUACCCUAGUACACAUGCAUGAUGGCAAAGUUUAUGAUCCACUCAUCGGCCAGUGGAUGUCUCCAAACUGGGAAGACGUUGCGCAAAAAGUAAUUACUCCUACGAAAAUGCAUUUAUACCGGUUCAAUGGAAAUGAUCCAAUUAAUAUAAAACACGACCGCAAUUACCCGCCAAACUUUUCUAUGUGGAUGGAAACCUUGGGAUAUAACCUUGAAAACUUGGUACCGCAGUUGAGCAGACGUUUAUGGGAGCAACCUUCACUAUGGGGUCGUGCUCCACAAAAUCCGAUUGGGUUGGCUUUGAAACGGUCAAUAGAUAACAUUCCAACAAUGAGCGUAGAGUCUGGCUUCCUUACAUAUCUAUCAAUUCGACGACUGUUCAACUUCGAGCAUUUAUCAGCCCCACCCAAGUCUCGUCUGAAAUACGACGUUAUGAAUCCUAGCCCGCAAAAGAUCGGAUCGGAUUCCGAUCCACCAUUUGGAAAAGGCAUAGUAGUGUCCCGGACACUUGAUGGACAGGCAAUCGUGUCCAGUGUUCCAGCAGCCAACGCUAUAUACCGAGAUGUUUAUACUUCUGUAUUCAAUCGCUCGAAACUUCUUCCUUUCACAUUUGUCGUUCAUAAUUCGCAACAAGAUGCCUUCUUCUUUGUAAAAGAAGACUCGUGGCGAUCGAGUGAAGAUCGACAACAAUUGAAACGCUUACAGGGUCAAGUAAAUACCACUUUCCAUGAGAUAACGAGAGAAAAUGGAAGUGGUAGCAAUUAUCUAGAUGUUAAGAUACACGGAGUUCAUGCCGUGAUCAAUUUACGAUACGGUACGACAGUGGAGAAGGAGAAGCAGCGCCUUAUGCACCACGCCAAAUUAACAGCCGUCCGGAAGGCGUGGCAUCGAGAGAAAGAAGCCCUUCGAAAUGGUUUGACCACCACGACGGAUUGGACUCAAUCCGAAAUCGACGAGAUACUCAAGCAGGGAUACGUCAACCAAUACGAAGGAGAAUACAUCCACGACGUUAACCUAUAUCCCGAGCUUUCUGAGGAUCCCUUCAAUAUUAGGUUCGUUAAAAAGAAAGCGACACAGAUACGAAAAAGACGACGUCGAAACGCGACAAGUAAACUAGAAAGUAUUAAUAACACAACAACUAUUUUAAAUACUAAUAAUAAUUUUAUUAAUAAUCCUAAUUCUGUAUUAAAUAAUAAUAAAAAUAAUGAAUCGAAUGAUGCGGUAGCAGGAUCACCCUCGUCACUAUCGCAGCAGCCCUUAUCAACAUCAUUAUCAUCCGAUAUCCAAUGUUUAGAUCAAAACGCUUGUUAGCUUAACUGUUAGUAUUAGUAUGGAACUGAAGUAAAGUAAAAAUCUAUAUAUUCAAUAAAUUAAUAAAAAAUAUACAUAUAAACUAUAUUAUACAAAGGGAAAGAAACUGAAGGAUAAAGUGAAGAAAAACAGAGCAAAAUUAUUUAAAUUUACAAAAACCCUAUAUAUAUUUAAAUACAAACACUAAAAAUGGAAACCUAAAGUGAAAUUUCUUAAAAAAAUAGUGUCACGAGCUUUUUGAGACUGGCGUAGUAUUUAAAUUUAAAUUAAAGACAAAAACAAAAAACACAAUGAAGCGAACCUUGUCAAGUGAAACUUAUUUGAAGAGAAAGAAAGCGCGGAAUGAAACACACAAAUAGUUGCAAAAUAAUAGUGCUAAAGUAAAUUUAUCUGGACUACAAACUUAGUAAUAAAAUAUGAAAGGACAGAAUCAAGAAGGUUUUUUGUUUGCGAAGGUGAAAUGAAAAACCAGAGAAGAAAAAUGAUGAGACCAAUUUGUAAAACAAAAAGUAAAAAGAAAAACAUAAAAACUAAUAGAGUAUUUACACUGAAAUGAUGAUUAUGAACACACAACAACAACAUAUUCAUAUAAGAUCUCUAUCUAUAUAUAUACACAUAUAUUUUAAAUUCGGUUUCAACAAGAUCUAUUGUACGGAGAGAAUUUUUAAAAGUGAAGUGAAAAUUGUCAAAAUUUAAUGUAAUUGAUAAUGAAUUAUUCGAAUUUGUAACAAUUGUACCAUUACCGCAUACUCUCUGUUAUAUAUACACGGAUUCGAUGUGUGUGUGUAUAAUUUUGAGCCUGAUGAGUUGGGGAUGUCGGUUGAGGUAGUGUGAGGUUGUGGAUGGAAGCUGGUUUUUUCAAUAACUCAAGGUUUUGGGAACGAAUAUUUAUAAUACAAACACUUCCAAUAGUACUGUUAUUUUUUAUAUUAUGUUAUUACUUUUUAUAUUGCAACAUCAGAAAAUUUAGACAUCUAAACAGUACUACCGAAAAAAUGUACCCAACUUGCCUUAAAAGUCCGCAGCCAUCUGCAGCCGUUGCACUACCGCAACUACCCUCAACCGCAUAGCUUUGAUGUCAUUAAUUUUUUAACAUUUAUUAAAUUGUUCGUUUUUGUCAUAUUUUACUAUAUUGUUGCCAAAUACUACUAUAAAUUAGAGGUAAUAUAAAGGUAUAAGAACGUAGGGAGGAAAUAUCUAAACUAUAUAAAGCUGAUUUAAGAAAUUAUAGUGGCGUAACUAAUAAAAACUAUUCGAUUCUAGAGAGCAAGCGAAACAAAAGCAGACAAGACGAGUAAAACAGGCUAACACACAAACAUAUUGCAUUUAAAUGGUCUCAAUGUCAUAGUAAUUGUAUUUGCAAUAGACGAAGUAAACUGGAAAACUACAUACACAACCUUAACAAAACUUAAACAGACUCAAAAUUUAUACUGAAAUUCAAUAAAUUUAAGAACUUUCAUUUGUUUUUCCCCGAUAAAGUAUUAUAUUUAAGUACUUUAAGACUAUAUAGCUGAAAAGCGCGAUAUUAUUUUGUAAAUAAAAAAAUUGUGAAAAUUUAAAAAGCAUGCAGAAUUUUGUAACUGUUAUAUUUUUUAAUUCCUUACAUUUCUUUGGUCCUUUUCUCUUAAUUUUAUUCAUAGAAACAUAGGAGAUUAAAAAAAAUUAAAGGAAUGACAACUUCAUAGCAUCAUAAAUAAUAUGAAAAUAAAAACAGAACAAAACCCUAAGCUGUCGAUGAAGUUAAGAGAAAAGAAAGGAUAUUUUAUAGAAAUUAAAAUGAAAAUAAAAAUUGUAGAAAUUAUAUAUUAUAUACUAAAAGGAGGAGGAACUUUAAAUUAUUAACAAAACACCCAAAAAGGCAAACUGCAACUAUCCCCGAAUAAACCCUUAAACAACCAUUAGAAGGUAAAUGUAAUGAGCAGUAAUAUAAAUGUAAAAAAAACCAUUUGGAAGAAAAAUGAACAAUAUACAUAUAAUAUAAAAUUACCAACACACACAACAGCAUCGGGAUGAAAGAGUAAGCUAUAAUAAAUUAGUAAUUGUAAUUAUAUUACAAUAUUAGGAGCUGUAUAUACCUUAAAUUAUAUAUAUUAAAUGCAAGGACCCGACACACGUCUUAACAUUAAAACAAAAAAUGGUAAAAGUAAAAGGAAAAAAUUUUAUCAAUAAAAAUACAUGUUGGAAAAAUGAAA